AUGGGCAUGCGCUCUGCGAGUCAGCCAAUGCGAUCAGUAGCUGCAGGCGGCAGCUCAGCGACGCAGACUGUCUAUGGCGCUUCUGCCUCUGCAGCCGGCGACGCUCGCACGGCCUAUCGACCUCAUAGACGCAACAAGCCUAUCCUAGCCGAACGGGCAGAAGAUGUCGAUCUCAUGGCUCUCGCGAACGAGCUCGUUCAGACGAGUCAAUUCGCGCCUGAUACGACAUUGAACCCUGAUGUGGCAGCUAGCGAGGAUGUCGUUGACGAGCUCUUUGUCAAGUUCAGGCACAAGGACGUCAAGCGGCUCGAGAUUCGCGCAAAGCAAUCGGCCGAAGCAAAGAAGGAAGAGCUGAGGUCAAUGGUCGGCGAGCGAUACCGCGAUUUGCUAUCCGCGGCAGACUCUAUCGUCCGAAUGAGAAAGUCAUCUCAUCUGCUGCUCAGACGGGUCGCACAAGUCAGGCAGAACUGUUCUCCGCCCGAGAGUGGCAGUACCAAGGGCAAGCAGCGCCAGCUCGUCUCACCAACAAGACCAAACGAGAGCGAGGAUGCAAAGACGCAAAGCUAUGCGCUCGCCGCACUCGUCAAAGUCCUGCUUGACUGUCCCGAUCAGAUCUGGCGCUGCGUCGAACGCCACGCUUACUUGCUCGCUGCUAGGCUGGAUGCACUGGCGCGAGCAGUCUACAAUCACCUGCUGCAUACGGAAGCAGUCGCGUUCGACCUGCAGGCAUCCUUUCCAGUGAUCGAACGCUGCUGGGACGCACUGAAGGAGAUGAUACCCCAAGUGAUACGACAAGCCGAAGAUUCUCUGGCGUCUCAAGACAUAUCUGAUGAGCAUCUGUGUGAGACUCUACAAGCGCUCACUCUUCUGCAAAGAGCUUCUCCACUCGACGUUGUCUCGACAUUCUUGGCAAGACGAAGUAACGCACUGUCUGAGACAUUACAGGCGAGCGCGCAGACAAACACAGAAAGCGAGAUGCGUCAGAUCGCCGAAGCCGUUUCACUGCUACUCAAGACAUGCACCCAAUGCAUUGCAGUAACCCAACAGAGCUCAGCAGGCGCGCCCCGCUUCCUGCAGGCACCGCUGGACGUCGACUUGCUAAGCUCGCUGCCGGCGAUGCACCUCCUGGCGCGCUACCUGCCCGAUCAUCUCAAGGCAUUCGCGCCUUCGCUCCCGCAAGGCGCUCAGGACCUCGUCCGACCGGCAGUUGAUGAGCUCUUGCGGCGAUGGUUUGCUCACAAUCUGGAUAGCAUUCGAUCUGGCGCUGUAACCUCGCUGGCUCGAAUCGACGCAUUACAAACGCUUGCAAAGCUGAACGUGCGACUACAAAUGCUACUCACUCAGCUAGCGCGAGCCGAAAUAUCGCACUACUCUGCCUCGGUCGAGCAAAAUAUGACAGAGCUGCUGGGCAAUCGCGCAAAGGCGAUCCAUGCAAGUCAUCUCGACGCAAUCGCUCGCGCCUUUGCUUCUUCGCUCGAGACAACCAUUGGCAAAUUCGCGCCGAUGACAGAUGAUCGUUUCGCCUUCUAUCUGACAGCUCGUGCCGAGAUCAAAGCUGCAGCAACUUUGACGCCGACAGACGCGGCACAAAACUUACAAGCGUUCAAGCUUGACUUGACAGACCGCCUGCGCGGUCGGCUAUCGCCAGUCGAUUCCAUUCUGGCCCAAGUCGAACAGCUCGCCAAGAGCGCUGCGAGCGAUGUGCUUGCGUGGGCUGCUGCUGUUCCACCAGAAGUCCAGCAGACGAGUCUCGAUCUCGCUGCGAUCGAGACGACUUGCGACUCCAUUGUAUCAUCUAUAUCGGCAGCCAUCGUUCAGCAGAGCGAUACUCAAGUGGCGACCCUGCUCGCUCAGCUCUCUCUAGCCAUGAUGAAUGGUCCAGUAUUGCUACAACACGUCCUCACAGGUGCGCCUGAGCCGACCGCAAGCAGUUUGCGCGAUAAGAUGCUUCACGAGCUCGAGGCCCUUCAACGUCAAGCGCUCGCGAGUUGGCAUAGCCGCGCUGUCGAUCUUGCUGCUCAAACAAUGCUACGCGCGCCUUUCGGCAGCGAUGACUCGCCUCGAAAAGCGAGCGUUGCUUUGCUGGCUGGCCUGACAUCGCUCGUACAGUCUAUGGAGUCACUUGGCCCCUUCCUCGCAGCCCAUCACGCCGAAAUUGGCCCGACGCUCAUCGCUGAUUUACGUGUUGCAUAUGAGAAGCAGCAGUCGACUCAGCCGGAAGUCCAAGUCGCCUUUGAUCUGGCAUUCCUGGCUGCUCUCUUAGGCAAUGGCAAGACCGCAACUCAAGAGAGUAACCCCGCUGGCGCGCGGCAAUUUGCAAAGGAAACGCGCAUGAUGUUUGCUUGCUUGAUACCGAGAUCGAGAGAUUCUGUCGACUUGCUGCGAAGUGCAGUUCAACAUUCGAGCAAGCAUGAGCUCAAGCAAGCGCUCUCGCUGGUCCAGCCAGGUCCUCGCUUUGGACUCCUGCCUGUGGGACCCGCUAUAUUGCAUUAG